AUGGCUAUGCCGCAGCCUGGAAUUUUUCAGCGUCGUCUUGGCGAACCGACCUUGACGACAGAAGCCAAGUUCUGGCCAGGCGGCAUUCCUUCUUUCAUCAAGUCCCCAACAGAGAACUUUAAUGUCGAGCCCUGUGAUUUCCCUUCAACCGUGAAGGGCUGGUAUCGCUUUGUUCGGGAAAACUGGGUCUCGAGCGAGGAAACGGAUGACUCUAAGGCUCAACAACGUCGAUCUUUGAUUGAAACCUGGGUCACCGCCCAGCAAGAUUUCCGAGAUGAAAUCUCUAAUUACGGCUGCUACUAUCAUAGUAAGCUUGUCCCUUGGGACUUGUAUCUUACUGCAGACGCCCCAAGAUCAUCAACUAACUGGGCGCUUUGGUUGAAGAUUCAGUUGAUGUUCUAUGACUACAAUAGGAUGUGGGGUCAUGUCGCAACAGAAACAUUUACAAUCACGCCAAAAGAGAAUGAUUUUGUUACUCUUGAUAACAUCAAGCAGUACCAGGGUCUAGAGACUGCAGAUUUCGGCAUCUUAGCCUUCAACAAUAUAGGGGAGGCAGUCUAUGAUUCCUAUCACCCCCCUCCAAUUAUUGUGGAUGACUAUGCGCUGAAUACCGGCAUGGUACUCCUAAUUCUUUCCUAUGUUAAUGGCGUGCCUUACCAAGGCCACCGUAUUCGUGCCUUGAAUUUCUUCUCUUUAUCAUUGCCUAUAAUAGGGACAGGAAAGCGAUUAGAAACCCUUCUAGGAGUAUAUGGACAGGAGCAGGACCCGAUGGAUAAAAGGAUUUAUUUUGACGAUGAAGCGCUGGAUAUGAAAAAACCGCUUCUAGAGAUUCUAUUGACUGAGUCAGAGGAGCAAGAGGUGGACGAUGACGAAGUGGAGGACGCGUUGAUUGAACUAGCUCCGGGCUACGUAGAAGCAGAGGCAGAAGGAGACGGGCUGGCAGAGGGAUUCGAUCUAUUUGGCUCGGGAUUUCAAUCCAUUCUACUGAUGUGA